GUGAUUAGUGGUUUCCUUCUUGUUUUAUUCCGCAACCCAUCUUCCCGCAAUCCCAUUCAAUCUGGGACUCUUAAGCCACACCGCCUGAUGAGGUUCUUUCUUGGGCAGCGACGUUUCGGUGCGAAAGUUCAGAUAAUUCAAUCUGAGGGUACAAAGUGGAGUGGAUCAGAAGUUAUUUACAAUUGUAAUCAGUCAGAAUCAAUUUGGAAAGUGAAGAAGGGAAGAAAUCGUUCUUGGCAGGCAGACGGGCGCGUGGGAAAUUGAGCGUGUCCAUCAGUGCGCGAGUACCGGAAGUACUGUUUUGUGGUUCGAGUUCGACAUUGAAAAAAGAAUUCUUUCUUAUGUAGUGACGGACGAAAAGAUAGAAGAUGUUCUUAUGUUGAGUCAACCUGCCAGUGUACACGCGGUCAAAGAGUUAUAAAAAGUUUUGCAAAAAAAUCAACCAAAGCUCGUCCAUUCAUUCGAUGUGCAAAAGCAAAACGAGCUAGAAAAAUCUAGGCACUAGAGCGUGAAUAGAAAGAAGAAAAAAAUCAACUCAACUCAUUCAGAAUUCAAAUGAGAUGCAAAUUUCGCCGGUGAUAAUGCGAUUAUUAGUGAUUUCGAGCAUCGUCUUGGCCGGGCUACUGUCUCGGAAUGGCGUGGCCCAUGCCGGAACGAUUGCUCCGAUAGUGUCCUUGUCGAGUGCCGCGGCCAUCGCAGCAGAUAGUGGCAAGUUGCCACCGACAUCACGACGUCUUCCAGACGACGAGGGGCCAGUGUUGAUUGUCAAACGAAGACCCCCGGGAGCUACUCUCGUUAGUGGGAAUACCGGAAGCUUUGGCGGGGGACAACCGCGACAGCGCUCCAUUCAGGAUGUAGGAAGUGGCAGUCAGUCGUCGUCUGUCAUGAUGGCAGAGAAAAACGUUUACCGAACCAAGCUGUCCAAGCUGAAGAUCAUCCUGCUGGCGGAUUUGAUGAACGACUUCCCGAAGCAGCAGCAGUUGGAAUUAAUCACCUGUCUGGCGAAUUCGUCGAGCCUGAAUGUAACGACCAAACAUUGCGACUGCGAGAGCUACAAUUGUAAAGAUCUGCCGAUGACAUCAUCAUCAGCAGCAACAGCAUCCGUAUCAUCUUCUGGCCCAUCACCUUUCAACUCGGUCCAGCAGCAGCAACGAAAGAUCCACACAUCAUGCGGUGAUUAUUGCUGUCGGAAGAAAAAGUUUAACCGCUCGAUCGAUCCCGCUCUCCAGAACAGCGUGAACGCCGUCUUUCGAGCUCACUACACGCCGGCACCGGCCAUUGUAUCCUCACUGCAAUUCGGUGAGUCACUGAAGUCCCGGCCGCCAACGCCAUAUCAACAUCAACAACAGCAUCAGGCUCCAGUUAUUCUGAUUCGCAAGAGCUCGAUCAAAGCGCCAGCUUUAAUCUCCAAAGGCGCUGCAGCGACGACGGCCAUGACCUCAGGGAUCACCUCGAACUCUUCUACGGCCCUGGCUGGAGAAGUUCUUCGGGACAAGACCCAUCGGUGGAAUUGCGAAGGUAGCUCUGCCAAUCAUCAAAUUGCAAUUUCAACGCUCAUGAACGGUGGCAGCGGCGAAACUCCAUCGACCGGAAGCUCAUCUCAGCAGCAAGAGCAGGAGGACCACUUCCGAAACCGGGUUCCACGGACACCGGAAUUGCCCUGGCUGUGGCGGGUGGUUUUAAUUGAAAAAGAGAUGACUAUUUGUGCCGGAACUCUGAUCCAUCCGAGGGCUCUUCUGACCACUGCAGUGUGCGUGAUAAAUAAAAAUCCGGAUCAGUUGAUUGUGCGUCGGCAAUCAUACGAAAGAAUUGACCCAAUCGAUUCACUUGUUGGAGUUUCAGUACCGUUCGGAAAGCCUGGAGAUAACUUCGGGGAGGUGUAUCGAAACGUUGAUCGAAUCAUCAUUCCGGAUCAGUACGCCAAGACGUUCGAGCGACUAGAGAACAAUGUUGCUCUACUGGUUCUGCAAUCGGCCGAGGAUAAACAGCAUCGGCCGCUUUCAAUGAAACAACAACAACAUCAGCGGCCAUUCUUCGAGAGUGAACCCAUGCACAGGCUCAGGCGUACCUUCCAAGAUAUCACCUCAACAGCAUCAUCAUCGUUUUCAUCAUCAUCCCAGGCCACAAGCCCAUCCGAAUCCUCCAGGAGCUUCCUCCCAGUUGAUGCACGAAAACGCUCAGAAUCACACCAAGAUGCUGAUGGCAGUGCGGUGCUGUUGAAACGACUUCUCCUGGACCGAAAUCCGGAAGACAAACCAUCUUCUCGUCAGCAGGAAUCGUCUUCUUCUGGCUCCUAUAUUUGCUUAUCAUCAAUUAUAAAUUAUCCCUCGACAGCCUCGCUCCCUACUAGCAGCAGCAGCAGCAGCAGGAUGUCUAAUAUUUGUCAAACUUAUUCCUGGAAGCGGCUGGAGGAGGAACUCGAUGGGUCCCGGGAGAUGAAGCUGCCCCGGAAAACUUCUCCACCGACGCCGACCAGGAAACGGAAACAGCAAAGAUUCCAACGGCGGCAGCAACGGAGACAGCAGCGUCUGUACCAAAGUCAGAGCCAAAGCCAAAGUCAGAACCAGCAGAUGAUUCCGACGCCCAGAAGCGGUCAUUUCCACCACGAGUAUGGCACUAAUUACAUAACGGCAAAUAUUAGCAUUUUUCCGGCCAACAGCAGCGAAUGUCGGCGAGAGCAUUGGAACUAUCUUCGGCAGCAUCCGGGCAAUUUGUGUGCCGCCCCGGCCGAUUCCAGGAUCCAAAACUUGGAUGUGGACCUCAGCGGUUCCCCCCUGAUCUGCACCCGACCCUCGGCGGAUGGACGCCAAGCCACCGUCGAGCUGAGUGGCCUUUUGACUUGGUCCACGGACAUCAACCGGUCUCCGCACCUGUUCACCAAUGUUGCCACCUAUCGGAAUUGGAUCGACACCGAGCUGGACAAACUGGACCGAUUGGAUUCGCUCCGGCGGAUUGAUGAUAUUACUGAGAAUGAUGAUGAUGGCGUCCCAAAGACUACGACGACGGACAACCGGUCCUCGAUAACGAGCUCAUCUCUAAGAAAUUGAAUUUCCGAAAUCAAUCACUGGCAACGUAUCAUCUCAUCUCCGGGCAUAUCGGGGGCGCUCGUUCUCGGGUCAUCGAAUGUCGAAACCGGGAUGAUAGUGACUAACUUUCUAAGUCUCUAAUCUAGCUUUUAUAUAUUUUUGUCGUUAACUUUAAGCAUUACUUGUAAAUUGAUGAGGGGAAGAUGACUAACUGGAAAAUUAAAGAUAACAAUGAAAUCUA